GGUGUGAUAUUUGGUCGGAUCUGAGCAUCUCCCUCCCUUUCCCUCUGGAUUUCCAUAUCUACACUCCCCCCCAUGUGCCCCCACCCCCUCUUUAAUUUCUCUCCGCCUCUCAUCAUAAUUCAUAUUCUUUUAUAUGUAUAUAUAUAUUCAACCCUUCCGUCUUCCACCUACCUCUCUCUCUGUUUCUUCUUCUUCUUCUUCUUCUUCUUCUUCUUCUCCUGCUUCUGGUGCAUCAUCGAGCUCUGCACACAAUGGAUGUGGCUGCAGAUAUCCAAUUCCAUGUUCUUGCUGUUGAUGACAGCCUCACUGACAGAAAGCUCAUUGAGAAGCUCCUCAAGACCUCUUCUUUUCAAGUCACUGCAGUGGAUUCAGGAAGCAAGGCUUUGGAAUUUCUGGGCUUGCAAGAAGAUGAGCGUGCAAAUUCAGACUCUCCCUCUGUUUCUCCACACCAUCAGGAAAUGGCAGUGAAUUUGAUCAUCACAGAUUACAGUAUGCCUGGUAUGACAGGCUAUGAGCUUCUCAGAAAGAUUAAGGAAUCUAACUCAAUGAAAGACAUACCAGUUGUGAUCAUGUCUUCAGAGAACAUCCCCUCAAGGAUUAACAGAUGCUUGGAAGAGGGUGCAGAAGAGUUCUUCUUGAAGCCAGUUCAACUAUCAGAUAUGGACAAACUUCGACCCUAUCUGUCAAAGGAAAGUGCUGAGGAUCACCAAUCCAGGAAGAACAAAAGGAAGUGCACAGAAGAAAAUCUUUCAAAUGACAGAACAAGAAUCAGAUACCGUGAUCUGCAAGUGGCCUGAUCUUUAAUUUUACAAGUGCAAAAUAGGAGUGACAUACUAAUUUAUUUAAUUCUUCCUCUUCUUUCAUUGUUAGAAUUUUCAUUCUUUUUUGGGUAUUUUUUUUCUUCAGCUUAAUUUUGGAGGCCUAUUAGAAUUGUAAAUACAGAGAGAAAGGGAGGGAGGACAGAGGGGGUGCUAAUCCUAAACCCUAAAUCUGUAAUGCAAGACUUUUGCAAGUGCCAAAAAAAAAAUUUCCAAAGGGAAUUCAUGUUCAA